AUGAGAGAAAACAUAUCAGAAACAUGGUUGGUUAUGAUCAUUGUGAUAUUGGUGACUGCAUUAUUUGCAAGACUAAUUCAAAUCAAGAGAAGAAAAGAAGAGAAAAGUUUAUGGAGAUUACCGCCCGGAAGGAGAGGUUGGCCUUUGAUUGGUGACAGUAUCAAUUGGUACAAUGCUGUUGCAAGCUCUCAUCCUCCUCGGUUCGUUGAAGAAAUGGCGCAAAGGUAUGGUAAGAUAUUUUCUUGCAGUCUAUUUGGAAAAUGGGCAGUGGUGUCGUCGGAUCCGAGUUUCAACCGUUAUGUAAUGCAAAACGAAGGGAAAUUAUUUAUUUCGAGUUAUCCGAAAUCUUUUAGAGAUUUGGUUGGUAAAAAUGGCGUGAUUACGGUUCAAGGAGAUCAACAAAGGAAGCUACAUGGGAUUGCGUCGAAUAUGAUGCGCCUAGAUAAGCUUAAGUUCCAUUUCAUGAAUGAUAUUCAAAAUGUCAUGAUCCAAACUUUGAGCAACUUUGACGACAAUCAAGUCAUUCUUCUCCAAGAUGUUUGCAGAAAGGUAGCUAUAAAUUUAAUGGUUAAUCAACUAUUAGGGGUUUCAAGUGAGUCUCAAGUCAAUGAAAUGGCUCAAUUGUUUUCUGAUUUUGUUGAUGGUUGUUUAUCCAUUCCAAUCAACAUUCCGGGCUCUUCAUAUCACACUGCUAUGAAGGCAAGGGAGAAAAUCAUAAGCAAGAUAAACAAGAUCAUAGAGAUAUACAGAAAAAACGGUGCGGCAAAAGAAAGUACUAAUAAUGGUGUACUUGGAAGAUUACUAGAGGAAGAUAGCUUGCCAGAUGAGGCUGUUGCAGACUUCAUCAUCAAUCUUCUCUUCGCCGGCAAUGAAACAACCACAAAAACAAUGCUUUUUGCAGUCUAUUUCCUUACUCAAUCUCCUAAUGCCAUGAAGGAACUUCUGGAUGAACAAGAUUCUCUAAAGACUAACUCUAGAGAAGAAUUUCUUACAUGGCAAGACUAUAAAGCAAUGCCAUUUACUCAAUGUGUUAUUGAUGAAACGCUUCGACUUGGAGGCAUUGCGAUUUGGUUAAUGAGAGAAGCAAAAGAAGACAUUCAAUACCAAGAUUUUGUUAUUCCAAAAGGAUGCUUUGUGGUUCCAUUUCUUUCCGCGGUUCAUUUAGACGAAAAGGUAUACAACGGAGCUACAAACUUCAAUCCUCGGAGAUGGAAUGAACCUGAAAAUGAGGAAAAGAGAAACUGGAGAACUAGUCCAUUUUUCUCACCCUUUGGAGGAGGUGCUAGAUUUUGUCCAGGAGCCGAGUUAGCUCGGCUUCAAAUCGCUCUUUUUCUUCAUUACUUCGUAACAAACUAUAGAUGGAAACAAAUGAAGGAAGAUAGAAUGUCCUUCUUUCCGUCGGCUCGAUUAGUGAAUGGAUUUGAAAUUUGUUUAACAAGAAGACAGGAUGAUAAUCAAAGAAACUGA